GAAUUUUAAGAUUAACCUUUUACUUGUCAAAGGUUUAAUUGAGUUUUUGUCAUGUGCUCUGCUAAUCCUCUAAUUUAAAGAGCUGAGGGGGCACCAAUUAUUCAGGUGAUGAAAGCUGCACUGGGUUGUUGAUCAAGAUGGGUGAACUGAAACAAAACGAGAACAAGGGGACAGCAAUUGCUCGAGCUGUUGGAUAAAAACAUAAUGCUGAGCCUGGAUUUAGGGAAGGAAAAUUGUAGCUAAUACUUUAAUUAGUUUCACCAAAACUAUUCUGAUAUAAGUGGUUGUCUUGGAUGAAAGAGGAUUCAGUGAGUGGUCCCCCAUGUCCUCCUCACAGUGCGGUGGUCGCUCACUGACCGACUUGCCUAGCCGUUGAUGCCAUUAUGGCAUUCUUCUGCCUGCACAGUUGACAUUAUUUCCGUUGACCUGCUGAGUUCCUUCGCCAACACCCUGCUUGCCAGUGUCUUCAAUAUUCUGGAAACUGUUAUCCAAAGGAAAUUUUGUUAUUUUGGACACAUCUCAAGAACUGAUGACACACUGGAACACACUGUGCUGGAAGGCAGAGUAGAAGGAAGCAGCUCCCGAGGCAGACAGAGGACAACCUGGAUCGACGACAUCAAGAAGUGGACCAGCCUCACCGCCAGAGUUGCAAGAGGUUUGACCGCUAACAGAUCGCAGUGGAGGAGCGUGGUCGCCGAGGCUCUGGCAGAGUGACGGAACAUGCCUAUUAUCGACAGGAUGAUGGCCAAUAAGACAGCUGUGUUAAACUGGAUGGGAACAACUUACAAUUCAAAGCCCAUUGAUCGAGUGAAAACAGAUGGUGAGAAGUUUGUCCUUAUUGUCGAAGAGCCACCGAGGGUUGAAUCUGAACACAUUGUUAAUCAACAUCUAAAUUCCACUCAGAAGAACUCAACAAAGAUCCUGAUAGGUACAGGCAAAAUUGAUGGCACAGAGGUGAAGUGUCCACUAAAACCAGUCAACAGUUGUGUUACAAAGCCCAGAUCGACUUGCAGUGAGCAAACAAUGUUGAACCAAAGAUUUGUCGUCAGUAGCCCAAGGAUGGACAUUAACAGCAUUUCAGAAAAUGAACACUCUAUACAGAAGCCAUUAAAGAACACUUCCAGGCAAAGCUGUUGUCCUAAUAAAGCCAGUAUCAUUGUUAGGAAUCCAAGCAUCAAGGAGAAAAUUUCGGAAUGGGAGGGUAAGAAGGAACUGGUAUUCUCAACAGAAAAAGAAAAAAUGGUAAAUAAAGGAACCAAGGAACUUGAUGGGAAGUCUGAGCUAAUGAAGUUGGUUGAUGGGAAUGUCGUUAAGAAGGCUGAAGAUGAACAUGUGAAUAUUUGGAAUUUAGAAAGCAAGGAUUCUGGGAAAGAAAAUGAAUACAAGGUAGAUGAAGAGAAAGCAAGGAGUUUGGAGGCUGAAAGUAGGUUGCAUGAGGGCAAAGAGAAUGAGAUAAAGUCGGAUAUAAUUGAAGUUUGUGGAAAACAAAAAGAAGCUGUGUGCACAAAGUUUGCCACGACAAGACCCUUGACAAGAGAGAGGACAACAGUACUGAGUCACAUUAAGAAGCUGGAGGAAAAGGUGAAGGAAGAUUCAGUGAGCCAGCUUAAGUUACCAGGUGAUUAUUAUACACCUCAGAGACUUCAAAAGGCACUGGCCACCCAGGGAGCCUCGCCCUCUAAAGAGAAAAAGGAUGGCAGCUGCAGCUCAGAGCUCAAGCGUAAGCAUAUUCAAUCCAAUUCUGACUCGGAAGCAAGCGAACCUAUCUUUGGGACUGUGGAGAAGGUGACGGUCACCUGGGCCAGCUGUAAAAUCAGAAAUGUGGAGAAUGUUUACUCAGAACCCGGAACUCCUGAUCAUGACCUUACAGUGAAUCCUGUGCCCAAGCCUAGACGAACGUUUGAGUAUGGGACUGACAGAAUAGCUGGCCUCUGUGUGUUAAGGAAGAGCACUCGGCAGUUGCCAGACUUGCCUGUCGUCCCUCCACCACUUCCGUUGACACCUCCCCCUACUGUCAGCACAGGAGCGCUAAAUGGCAGACUGAGGUCAAACUCGAAAGAUAACCGUCGGAAAUCUUUUGAAUUUGAAGAUGUAAAAGACCUUCAAAGGCUUCAAUCUCCUAAUUUCUGCAGAAAUGGGCAGGUGGAUUGGUAUGCUCAAUCAAAGUUGGCACUGAACUGCGCUUUAUCAGAAGAGAACAUAUAUGAGGAUAUCCUGGACAUUCCCAAGGAAAAUCCUUAUGAAGAUAUAGAAUCUGCAGACAGGCACCCACUAGGGAAACAGUGCAUCCAAGUCCAUCUUUCUUCAGCUGGCUCCACCCCCAAACCAGGAUCCCCAACAGAAAACAGACCAGACACACCCACAAAGCUUCCUUUGAAAACUUCCUCCCUCUUUCGACACUCCUCAGACAGGAGAAGUUUCAAAUUGCUGGAUAUCAGAAAAAUCAGUAAAGAUGGCAUUAACUCGCCACCAAAAGCCAGCCCGCCUUCUACCCCAAGCAGUCCAGAUGACACACAGAGCCUGGCAGGAGAUUCUCAGUUAUUAAGAAGGAGAAGAAAGAUCCCCAAGGUGGUGUUGAAGAUUAAUGCAAUCUACGAGGCUAGGAGGGGGAGGAAGAAAGUAAGACGAAUCACUCAGUCUUCUGAGGCCAACACAGGAAGAGUUACAGAUGAAAACAGUGAAACUGACAGUGAGACUGAAGAAAAACUUAAAGCUCACAGUCAGCGUCUCGUGUUGGUGAAGUCCUUGUUGAAGCAGAAGAGUCGCUACCGAACCUUGGAGAGAGAUCUCAUUGAGUUCCAGGAGUGGCAGCUAUUUGAGUUCUUUGUGGUGGUCGCGCUCCACAUGAAGAAGGGAAGUAGUGCGUAUGUCCCUGAGGUCACCCAGCAGUUUCCUCUGAAGCUGGAUAAACCAUUCAAGUUUAUGCGGGAAACAGAAGAUCAGUUAAAAGUCAUUCCACAAUUCUGCUUUCCUGAUGCCAGAGACUGGACUCCUGUUUCUGAGUUUACCAGUGAAACCUUUUCAUUUGUCCUGACUGGAGAAGAUGGGAGCAGACGGUUUGGUUAUUGUCGGCGGCUGCUGCCUACUGGGAAGGGGAAACGUCUACCGGAGGUUUACUGUAUCGUCAGUCGGUUGGGCUGUUUCAACCUCUUCUCUAAGAUCUUGGAUGAGGUAGAGAAGCGACGGGUGAUUUCUCCUGCUCUUGUUCAACCGUUCAUGAGGAGCAUCAUGGAAGCACCUUUCCCUGCCCCGGGGCGAACCAUCACUGUCAAAAACUUCCUUCCAGGAUCAGGAAAUGAGGUGAUCCAGCUGUGCAGGCCCCUGGACUCCCGAUUAGAACACGUGGACUUCGAGUGUCUCUUUUCUUCACUAAGCAUCCGCCAGCUGAUUAAAGUCUUUGCUUCCCUGCUACUGGAGAGGAGGGUGAUUUUCACAGCAGAUAAACUCAGUACUCUGUCCAAGUGCUGCCACGCAGUGAUGGCUCUCCUCUACCCUUUUGCCUGGCAGCACACCUACAUCCCUGUUCUACCUCCAUCCAUGAUUGACAUAGCUUGCUCCCCCACUCCAUUUCUGAUAGGACUUCUCUCCAGCUCCCUGUCCAAGUUGAAGGAUCUGCCACUGGAAGAGGUGCUUGUAGUUAAUCUUGGGGCAAACAAGUUUCUCAGGCAGGUGGACGAUGAGGAUUCCAUUCUACCACGUAAACUGCAGGUGGCACUGGAGCAUGUUUUGGAGAUACGUAAUGAGCUGGUCAGUCAAGAAGAGGACACUGUAUUAGAUGGUCUUGGCUCCCUUAAUACUGUGGUAUCUGAGACCUUUGUCCGCUUCUUUGUGGAGAUAGUAGGUCACUACUCCUUGUACAUGACAUCCAAUGAGAAGGAUGAAAGAAUUUUCCUAUGGGAGGCAUUUCGUAAAUCUAUCUCAUCAAAAAGUGUCCGCCGGUUUCUGGAGGUUUUCAUGGAGACGCAGAUGUUUGGAGGAUUUAUUCAAGAUCGAGAGCUGAGGAAGCUUGGGGUGAAAGGUUUAUUUGAAGUUAGAGCACAGGACUAUCUUGAAACUCUCCCAGGGAGUGAACAAAGAGGGAUGAACCGAUUCCUUAGAGGUCUAGGUAGUAAAAUGAAAUUUCUUCACAAGAAGUAAACAACUUUUCGGAACUAUUUUAAUGGCAAAGACGGCUAGAACCAGCUAUCACUGUUUUUCUCUAAUCAGUGGUUCUUCGAUCUGAAAUUGGCAAUACAUCAAUACACAUAGAGGCACAAGAAGGCUGUUAUAUCAGAGUUGUUCUCACUCUAAAUGUGAACGCCUUGAGGGAAAAUUAAAUCAAUUCCCGUGACUCUUUGUUAUUUAGACUUGUCUAAAAAUCUGCAUCAUCUCAGCCUGGCUUUCUGCUCUCAUUUGAUAUGUGUAACACCUCACAGAUAAAGUUUGCUUCUUGGAUGAAGCAGAGAACGAGGGAGAAGAAAGCAUCUUUUGACAGGGCCGUUUUUAGAGAUGGAAAUGCCAGAAGGGAAAGAAGAAAUAAAAGGAGAACAUUUGUAAAUAUGUGAAUUUUUUAAGGUGAUUUUUAGAUUCUUUACUUGGGUUUAUCCUUGAGAUCACAGCACGAUGUAUCUGUCAGCUGAAUGCCAUUGAUGUCAUUUAUCUGUUGUUCACCAUGGAAAGAAGUCUGUUCACCCAACCCUGCCUUAUCUACUCACUGGCUGAUGACAGACCAAUGCUCUGAAGGAGUAAGGUGCAGCAGAGGUCCCUGUAUAUUACUGACACAAUGCAAAAGACUCUAAAAUCUCAAAACACACAACUAUCACUGUGUUAUAGUACACUGAGGAUUACUGGAGAUGACAUUUCCUAUCUAUCAAUGUUUAAAACAAUUGGAAAUCUGAAAAUGUAAUUGAUAGCCAUCUCUGUAGUUUAAAUUAAAUGUGAUCCAGUAACAGUUCAUUGUCCAAGGUUUAUUAGUGCAUAGUGGCUGCCAUUUUUGAACAAAUUGCCCCAAUAUUGAAAUAAGCAGCAGGUAAUGGGGGAAGGUUUGAAAUUAUUGGUCAAGGUCAUGAAGGAGGUAGUCAGGAGACAACAUGCCAUAGAUUUUGUAUCUCUGCCUUUUGUACUGUACAUUGCAUUUACAGAAAUAUCAAAAGUUUACAACUACACAAGGAACUGACCUACACCAGCCUUAAAACAGAAGAACAUUGCCACUUUGGCCAGAGGCUGCAAUGAUGUAACAUAUAAUCUCCUGGUCAGAGAGUUUAAUGUUCUCUUAUAAUGUCUUAAGAAGACUCUGAGAACCUAGUUUUGCUUACCAGUGCUUGUAUGUUGCUCUACCGACCACAUGGGACAAAAGUAAGAAAUGGUACUAUACCAAAAUAAUUACAAUGUUUACAAAAUCCCAAGAUAACACAAAUUGUAAAGAAGCUGUAAGAAUUUAAACUGACAUAGCUAAAAGGGCACUGAUUGUUCAAUCACUGUAAUAUAGCUCUUGGACAAAGAUGGAAGAAUAGUUUAGCAUUGACACCACUGUAUUAUCAACAUGAUCACGAUGGGUUUUUAGUUUACAGAUUCCUGGUAAUACUAAAUUGCUUCAAAAUCUCCUGCUGCUUGAAAGCAAUGUGGUACUUAUUAUAUGCCUGUUCAGUUUUCAAUAAGCGUGUAUUCCAGAAGGAUUGACCUUGGUCCUGAUCCCUGAAUGAAAUACAAUUGAAAUCUGAAUAGCAUUGGUUAUGGAUGGGGAAGGUUAUCUUUAUUUCAUUGCCUAUCCUCGGAGGACAAUAUUUUAAUGGAACUUAAUGCCUUCUCUGCAAAUCAACUAGGAUAUAUUAAAAGAAAAGUGUGGAGAACUUCAAAGACAGUGAUUGCUUUGGUACUGGAGUUUAGGGUAUCAAUAUAUUCUAGAACUAAUCAGAGCAUUUCUUGGGUGAUUAUAAAUUCAGUGUUGUGUUCACUGCAUGACUUCAUUAGGCACAAAGGUUCACCCGCAUUUUCUAAAUAAAAGGCUCAUGAAGAAGUGAUACCUUUCUUUACUAGGCAAUAGAGGCAUAUUUUGAGACUUCUGUAUUGGCUUUUAGCAAAAAAAGCUAGAAUUUAAAGAAAACCAUAGUCUUGAAUACUGCUGAGUCCCUUUGCUUGAGGAAAUUACCGAUUUGCUGAAUGUGUCCACACGAGUUAGCUGGAGCACCAAAUGAUGGUAACAGCAGUAGGAGGAUGGAGGGAGAGUUAAAGAAAAACAUGCUAAGGAGUCCUGGAUAUUAAAGAUCAGAGGUUGAAGCAGACAACCUGAACAUAUAUAAGCUAAACUUUUUAAGGAGAAAAAAUGAGAAUAUUCACAAUUCCACAAUACAUUGACUAGAAUGUCUAAUAAUUAAAGGGAUUUAGGAGCAUGUUCAAAACAAAAUAGUCCCCAACCAGCAUUCAGACAUGCUCUUUGUUCUUAUAGAGUGUAAUACUACAAAUCCUGAGAUCUGUUCAUGUAACUUAAGGAAAAUUCUAUUUAUUUCUGUGACCUAAUUAAUCAAAAUCUGUUUGUUUGUAUUUUGGGUAUGAAUGUUCAAUAAAGACUUUUUAAAAAAAAUAUGCUCAAUUGAAAAAUCAUUUUCAAUGUACAAGAGAAACUUAAAUGAAUGCAGCCAUUUUCUUUCCCCCAUCAUCCUGGGUUUUCUAAAUACUUUGUGAAUUAUGUGUACUGCUUUAAGGUGUUACUAUUGGUGUUGACUAUUGGUCUUGCUAUUGGCAAGACACAAGCCUAACAAACUGGGUGGAAUAGAGAGCUGCACAUCCUACUUUCGGAUGGAUAAAUGUUGUUUAGAAUUUGUUUGCUCAGGAAAUUGUUCACAGUUAAACAUAGAAAACCUACAGCACAAUACAGGCCCACAAAGUUGUGCCAAACAUGUCCCUAUCUUAGAAAUUACUAGGCUUACCCAUAGCCCACUAUAUUUCCAAGCUCCAUGUACCUAUCGAAAAGUCUCUUAAAAGACCCUAUCAUAUCCGCCUCCACCACCGUUGCCGGCAGCCCAUUCCACGCACUCACCACUCUCUGCGUAAAAACUUAACCAUGACAUCUCCUCUGUACCUACUCCCCAGCAACUUAAACCUGUGUCCUCUUGAGGCAACCAUUUCAACCCUGGGAAAAAGCCUCCGACUAUCCACACGAUCAAUGCCUCUCAUCAUCUUAUACACCUCUAUCAGGUCACCUCUCAUCCUCCAUCGCUCUAAGGAGAGAAGACUCACCCAACCUAUUCUCAUAAGGCAUGCUCCCCAAUCCAGGCAACAUCCUGGUAAAUCUCCUCUGCACCCUUUCUAUGGCUUCCAUAUCCUUCCUGUAGUGAGGCGACCAGAACUGAGCACAGUACUCCAAGUGGGGUCUGACUAGGGUCCUAUAUAGCUGCAACAUUACCUCUCGGCUCCUAAAUUCAGUUCCACGAUUGAUGAAGGCCAAUACACCAUACGCCUUAACCACAGAGUCAACCUGCGCAGCUGCUUUGAGUGUCCUAUGGACUUGGACCCCAAGAUCCCUCUGAUCUUUCACACUGCCAAAAGUCUUACCAUUAACAACAUAUUCUGCCAUCCUAUUUGACCUAUCAAAAUGAACCACUACACUUGAACACUGCCAAAUACGGCAUGGAAUUUUGUUCCAGUAGCAACAUUUGAAUGAGCUUGUCUUUGAAUGACAAUCAUCUCUAGAAAUAAGCUUUUUUGUUCUUUUAAAAUAAUAAUCUUUCCUUUCCAAGGGGAUGAAAAAAAAUGUUCUGCAUGUUGCUGGUUAAAUAUUGUCAAAUACAAUCUGUUCUCACAGUCCACUCUCUCAAAAGAACUUCACAGUUCUGUAGAAUGCUCUAACCCAUCCUAGCAAUGGAAGAAUGUCUUGAGCUCCAAUAUGGCAUUUUCAUAUAGACCACUUUAUUCUUUAUGCACACUGCUCAGAGUGGACCCAUUGCAUCAGCUCCAUUGUCCUUUAGGGGAAACACCAAAAAUAUUCCCCGAAGAAGUACCAAGUAGAAAAAGAAAUGAGAGAUAUGAAUUAGGGUGUCUUUAAUAAUAUUUUCUUAUUGGAUUGCUCCUAGCCUAGUCUCUGGAAUAUCAAAUUUCAAACGGACAGUGAAGAGACAGUUACAUCAUAAUAUUUCUCAACAAUGCUUUUAUUUUUCCCGAAAGAAAAUGCAAGAAAGGGCAAGUGGGAGUUAAAGUUCUUCACUUUCAUAUUCUCAGUUUCAGUCACAAAAAGGUCUUGCAACACAUUGUUGAGUUUUGAAUUUACCUGGAAAAUUUAGUUUUAAUCAUAUGCACGUUUUAAGGAAUUUACUCAUUGGGCAAGUCUGGAGCAACACUAGAAAAGCGUAAUUUCCCUUUGCUUUUAUUGGCUCCUACUGAAGAAAAAUUCCUGUACGAUCAUGUAGGAUAUGAGAAACUGCAAGAUCAACAAGCUCCCCUUUCUUACUUGAAAAUAUAAGCACAUGUGACUCAGUGUUUUUAUUCAGGAUUAUACAUGUAAUUUUGAAUAAAGGGUAGAAUUGAUGUUUUGCUGCAUGCUUGAGUGCUCGGUGGAGGGCACUAAUGCUUUUUUGUUGAUGGGAAGGGGUCGUUGCUGUGAUGCUGCUUGUGCUUGCGAGGGGGGAGCUGGGGGGCUUUGGGGUUCAAAUGUUUAACUGUCAUUCAUUCUUUGGGGUACUCCUCUGUUUUGAUUGAUGUUUGCGAAGUAAAAAAAUUCAGAAUGUAUAUCGUAUACAUUUCUCUGACAUUAAAUGUACCUAUUGAACCCAUUUCACUUCUACAUGAUUGCUAUCAUCUUCAACAGAUUCUAGACUUUGAAAUCUAUUCCUUACUUCAAUUGUAAAUUUCUUCUUUAAUUGCGAGUAGUCAAGGGAUUGUUCCGGUUUUUGUUUCUUUAGUUUUUAAGUUUUACUUUUACUUGACAUAUUACUGGGUUGUGGUCACCAUUACAGUCUGCACCUGGAUAUGUUUUGCAUUGAGUCACUGAGUUUCUAAAUCUUUGGUUUAUGGUAAUAAAGUCAAUUUGAUCUCUGGUGUUAUCACCUGGACCUUUCUAGGUCC